AUGUCUGGCCGUGGCGCGGGCGGGUUCCCGCUGCCCCCGCUGAGUCCCGGCGGCGGCGCCGUGGCCGCGGCCUUGGGGGUACCGCCUCCCCCCACGGGCCCCGGCAUGCUAGCCGGACCCGCGCUCAGGGGACCUGGGCCGGCUGGAGGCGUGGGGGGCCCUGGAACCGCCGCCUUCCGCCCUAUGGGGCCCGCGGGCCCCGCAGCGCCGUACCAGCGGCCCGGCUUGUCGCCAGGGAGCCGGAUGCCCAUGGCUGGCCUGCAGGUGGGACCCCCUGCCGGGUCCCCAUUUGGCACAGCGGCUCCACUUCGACCUGGCAUGCCACCCGCCAUGAUGGACCCAUUCCGAAAACGCCUCCUCGUGCCCCAGGCCCAGCCCCCGAUGCCUGCCCAGCGCCGGGGGCUAAAAAGGAGGAAGAUGGCGGAUAAGGUUCUACCUCAGCGAAUUCGGGAGCUGGUCCCAGAAUCUCAGGCGUACAUGGAUCUUUUGGCUUUUGAGCGGAAGCUGGACCAGACCAUUGCUCGCAAGCGGAUGGAGAUCCAGGAGGCCAUCAAAAAGCCCCUGACGCAAAAGCGAAAGCUUCGGAUCUACAUAUCCAAUACAUUUAGUCCCAGCAAGGCAGAAGGUGAUAGUACAGGAACUACAGGGACCCCAGGGGGGACCCCAACAGGGGACAAGGUGGCUUCCUGGGAACUCCGAGUGGAGGGAAAACUGCUAGAUGAUCCUAGCAAACAGAAGAGGAAGUUUUCUUCAUUCUUUAAGAGUCUUGUCAUUGAGCUGGACAAGGAACUGUAUGGGCCUGACAAUCACCUGGUGGAGUGGCAUCGGAUGCCCACCACCCAGGAGACAGAUGGCUUCCAAGUGAAGCGGCCUGGAGACCUCAAUGUCAAGUGCACCCUCCUGCUCAUGCUGGAUCAUCAGCCUCCCCAGUACAAAUUGGACCCCCGACUGGCAAGGCUGCUGGGAGUGCACACACAGACCAGAGCUGCCAUCAUGCAGGCCCUGUGGCUCUACAUCAAACACAACCAGCUGCAGGAUGGACACGAGCGCGAGUACAUCAAUUGCAACCGUUACUUCCGCCAGAUCUUCAGUUGUGGUCGACUCCGUUUCUCCGAGAUUCCCAUGAAGCUGGCUGGGUUGCUGCAGCAUCCAGACCCCAUUGUCAUCAACCACGUCAUUAGUGUGGACCCCAACGACCAGAAGAAGACCGCCUGUUACGAUAUUGACGUGGAGGUGGACGACCCACUGAAGGCCCAGAUGAGCAACUUUCUGGCCUCUACCACCAAUCAGCAGGAGAUUGCCUCCCUUGACGUCAAGAUCCACGAGACCAUUGAGUCCAUCAACCAGCUGAAGACCCAGAGGGAUUUCAUGCUCAGCUUUAGCACUGACCCCCAGGAUUUCAUCCAGGAAUGGCUACGUUCACAGCGCCGAGACCUCAAGAUCAUCACUGAUGUGAUUGGGAAUCCCGAGGAAGAGAGACGAGCUGCUUUCUACCACCAGCCAUGGGCCCAAGAAGCAGUGGGGAGGCACAUCUUUGCCAAGGUGCAGCAGCGAAGGCAGGAACUGGAACAGGUGCUGGGAAUUCGCCUGACCUAACUGCUCAGGGAUCUUUUCUUUACUCCCCAGCCCUGGAGCCAUCCCUUCCUCAGCCUGGAAGGGGAGGGACCGUCCUUUGGGUCCUGGCUGGGGUUGCAGACUCGUAGGAUAAGGAGGGGUGACGGGUGUCUCCUGUCACCCUCUACCCGCCAGCUUUAGUUUCAUAAAUGUAGUGAUAGGAUUCCUUGUUGCUUGGGUUCCCAAAGCCUUAUUACUUACCUUAUGCAUUGGCUUUAAUUGGGUUCAAAACAAGAUGCCUCCUCUGCCCCCUGUAAGACUGCUGGAGGCUGUGCUUUGACAUUGUAACAGACAUUUCAGAACCAAAAGCCGCUGGGUUUGCAUGUUUACAGGCUCCCCCUCGGGGCGAGUGUCAGAGCUGCCUCUGGGGAGCUAGGUCAGGAAGGGGGGCCCAGCCCAGAUUCUCCCUGGCCUUCCUAAACCAAAGUGUUUUUUUUUGCCAUUCCUACAAGCCCAGCCUUGCUGCUGGUUUUUUCCUUUCUUUUGGGUAUUUGCACUAUUUGGGGAGCAGGUUUUUCUAUGCAGAAGCCACUUUUUUUUUGUACAGGGGUAAGUCUGGGUUUUUCAGGGAGCCCCAUUUUGUGCCUCCUCCCUUAUUUUCUUUCCUCAAUCUAUGCAAGCGGCUCCAGCCGCCAUCAUCUCCCGGGGUGCCAGAUAGGGCUGCCACCCCAGCUUUUGGGCCCAGGGAGGUGAAGCCUCCUGGAGAGAGGGGAUACUCGUUAUCUAGCAUGGCCUGAGGUGUGGGAGUGCAUGGUGGGGAGUACGUGAAGGGGAGGUUUGGAGGAUUGUUGUUGCCCUUUGGAGCUUAGUAAGGAGGGUGGGCCUAGGGCUUGGCAAGUGCCACUUCUGGCAGGUUUGGAGAUUUCCAAAUAAAUCCUUUUGUUUAUUGGUA